AUACCUGCUUGUUACGUAAGAGAGGCAACGUCGUUAGUCGCCCUUCUUUGUGUUUCUGACCAUAACAGACGAGACAAGACAACGUCAAAUAAAGUCCCAUUUUCUCGGCAGCAUAUCCGUUCAUCUCAUUCGUCUUGACAAGCUCGUUAGAGCGCAGAAUCGGAGAAAUCAGCUGUAACCAAUCAGAGUCACUCAAUAUCACUCAACUCUUUCAUUCAUCCUCUCAAUAACGACACACAUGGACGAUACACCAGAAUGUCCUCUCUGUAUGGAGACGUUGGAGUUAGAUGAUGUCAACUUCUAUCCUUGCUCUUGUGGAUAUCAAAUUUGUCGAUUUUGUUGGCAUCGCAUACGUACUGAUGAAAAUGGUCUUUGUCCGGCAUGUAGAAAACCUUACAGUGAAAACCCUGCCGAGUAUACUCCAUUAACACAAGAACAGAUACAGAAAGUGAAGAACAGCAAACGGCAAAAGAACCAAGAGAAAAGACAGAAAGUUGUAGGCGGACGAAAACAUUUGUCUGAGCUUCGUGUUGUUCAACGCAACUUAGUAUUUGUUAUCGGGCUGUCUCCACGUUUGGCUGACUCUGAGGUGUUGAAGAAACCGGAGUAUUUUGGAAAAUUUGGGAGAAUUCAUAAAGUCGUUGUCAACAACACGAACGUGUAUCCAGGGCCACAGGGACCGAGUAUGGGAGCAUACAUAACAUAUUAUAAGAAUGAGGAUGCUGCUAGAGCAAUACAAAAUGUAAAUGACACAUACAUUGAUGGUCGAUUUUUAAAAGCAUCGUUUGGCACAACAAAGUAUUGCAGUAAUUUUCUAAAGAAUCAAUCUUGUCACAAGCCGGACUGUAUGUACUUACAUGAGGUUGGUGAAGAAGAAGCCAGCUUUACAAAGGAAGACAUGCAAAUGGGAAAGCAUCAAACUUUUGAAACAAUGGCUUUGGCUCAAGUGUCUAAAGAGCUUCCAAACGCUCGGAAUCGACAGAAAGAUCAAGAAUUGGAGGUUGUACAGGGAAUACCAGCCCCUCCAGCUGUCAUGUCAUCUUUUGCUUUACCUUCAUCUACUACAUCAAAUUCAACUACGUUGAGCUCAGCUGGAUGGGGAGAAAGUGAAGGCAAGUCAGUAGGUAAGAAGAAUGGCAAAAUAUCACAUCACAAUCAAACUGGUGCAAAAGCAGUUGAAAUGGAAAUUAACAGUGGGACAUCUCACCAACAACAACAGCAUGAACAAGACAGUGGUGAUCAUGAAGUAACACAUAACAACACAGAGCAUGAAGCAGUUCAGCAAGGAAACGGUAGUUCAUCUGUACAUGUCAGUGGGUCUCCAAGUGUGUCUGACUCUUCUGUUCAUGUUCAUGACUCAUUACCAUAUGGUGUGGCAUGUCCUGUUCACCCUGUACAGCAACUUUUUGCCGAUAUGGCACAACUAAGUCUUCAUGUCAGUUCUGGUGCUCUUCAGCAACAGAUACGUCAUCAUGAACAGAAGCAGCGAGUACAAACACAUGCAGAGUCGGAUGUUGAUGAUGAUGAUGCUUUGUUGCGAGAUGCAGUAGACGCUGGUCAAAUUUCAAAUAAUCAAACAGUGGAGAGACAUGAAACUCAAGAUGUCGUGUCAUUAGAACAGAGAUCUAAUGUUAGACACAUAGAGAAUGGAAUAGAUGGCAGUGUAAACGGACAAAUUCACAGAACAGAAAAGCCCAGUUGGAGUUGGUCAAAUACAAUUGACCAUCUGAGGCGGUCUUGUGGAAAUGAGGAUGAUCUUGAGUUUGAUCCAUAUGGAGAGUCAGCCAAAGCUUUAGCUGAGUUAAUGGAAGCAGAGACUGAAAAGCUGAGAGUGAUGCGUAGCAUAAGGGAAACUCUAAGAGAACAAGACGAAGAAGGAGCGGUAAGAGAACAGAGAGUACCUUUAUGGAAACGAAAAGGCAGUUACGCUGAUGGGACAGAUCAAGCAGAAACUCCAGGUCAAAGUUCUCAGGCUGGUGUGCUACGUUUAGUAAACCAUGGAAAUCCACUGCAUGGAGGUGUACUGCGACCUUGUCACACGGUAGUGUCUACAACUGUUGGUCAAUAUUUCACACAAGUACGACCACAACAGGAACAACCGAAUGGGGUUUGGCCCAACAGGCAUCAGAAACUUGGCGACGGUCUGCUUAUUCAAGGUACAGUUGGUGCUACAGUUCCACCCCAUCCAGUUCACGUUCAGGUCGGCAGAAACUUUGUAGACCAUCUAUCUCCAAAAUUGAACAAUUCAAGUCACAUGCCAGGGCUGCCUAAUCAACAUUACAUGUGGCCAGACAUGACUGUUUCCACAGAUUCUUUGUCACAGUCGACACCAGUAAUGAGAGGGCCGACGUCUCAUCCAGGAACACCAACACCGAUACCUCCUUUUCAUGCUCACACUGUGUAUGGACUGCCAUCGUGUGCUCCGACAAUCGGUGCUGUACCAGGCAAUCAGUUUUCUCCCAUUAUGGAUACUCAGAGGCCGAGAAUUAUGACAAGAAUGAACGUUGCACGUCAAGAAGGGAUGAACAUAUAUUCGGGUCCACAGCAUAUGCCACCAUUUGUUCAACAGACAGUACGUCAUCAACACGACACAUUCAUUCCGUAUCCUGGAAUGCAUGGUCCUCAUCUUGGUGCUGUGCGUACUGUACAACCAUCAGUGGGUAUAAGACCACCACCUGGAAUUCAUAUGAAACCCGAAAACACGUCAGCAGUGCCGUAUUUCGUGCCUGGUAUUAGCAACCCAAUGGACCAUAACAGUGGGCUAGUGAACGGUACUCUGCCACAUAAUCCUUAGCAUUAGAUAACGUAAAUUCUAACCUGCUGUGACUUGUACUGUCUUGUUUCUUGAUAAGAUACUAAUAGUGAAACAGAUGAAAUAGCUUGUCUUGUUUCUUGUUAGCCAAGCACUGUGCUGUAAAUUAGCAGUCAUUGACAUUCCGAUAGCAAGAACCUUGCUUCUUGUGCUAUUACAGACAGUUUUAUUCCCA